AUGAUGCCUCUCAACACCUUUUCUCAGGCCCACCAAGGAGGCCAGAAAGUCCGACACAUCCAGGAACCUGGAACAGCCAGAGCUCUCGAGGACCAUGCCAUUUGCCAUCCCGAUCCUCAUGUUCAGAGUAGAGCAAAGCCGACUCCAAAGCCGACCCCUUCGCCUGCUUCUGCUCUCACACCCGGCUCUUUGGCGCUUCCACUGCAACUUGCACAGAUGAACUCUCCGAUGGCUGUCCUAACGCUUUUCCUGGUUGCCGCUUUCUUAUUGUCUACUGAGGCUCAGCCUGGACAAAAUGGUUUUUGCUGCUAUGAGUACGUUAAAAAACCCACCCCACUGAGGCUGCUGUCGUCUUAUGAAGUCACAAGCAGAUGUAGCCUCCCAGCUGUUGUGUUUUUCACCAAAAGGAACAACAAAAUCUGUGCUGACCCCAAAGAGCCGUGGACUCAGGAACGCAUGAAGAACCUCCCAGAAAAUGGACGAGAGAGAAACCCCUGAAACAAGUAUCAAGGGGACAUGGGAAAAGACCACAUUUGAUAUUUAUCCCAAUGACUGCACUUUCAUGUUUCAAAAAUGUUUACUUGUGAAGUUCAACUAAUAAUAUAUUUAUAGCUGCUGAUGUUUUUUUAAAAAAAUAUGUAUAUUUAUACUGUAAAAAAUGGGAAAGUUUUUAUGAUGUGGUGUCACAAAGAUUUUACUCGUGAAUAAACCUCAGGACAAAUGUA